AAAAAAAACAAAAAACUGGCGAUUUUUCACAUUGGAAAUAAAUGUGUUUUAUGUGUCUACGGUGGAUUCAAAACGUUGUGGAUUUCACGGGUGUUGAUUUCUGUGGGUGUUUAUUUCGCUACCGACACGGAGGUGGUCGUUUACUGAUGGAAGCGAUGUUUCAACAGUUAGUGACUACACGAGGACCAUGGUAGGGAAGCGAAAACUUUUGAGAAAUGUCUGGGCCUACUUUUACCACAAACCAUGACACGGUCUUGUAAGGAACUCAUUAUCAAUCAGUUGGUUCUAGUCUUGUCUCUGCCUGUGAUUUUUGGAUACUUUGGUUUGACUGCGAGGGAACCCAUUCUCUCCCUCUCUCAGGAUUUAGACCCCAGCCAGAUGUACGAGUUGGGACGUCACAAGAUGUCCUCGGGGAAGAUGUGCGAGAUGCUCAAGCUGCAGAAGAAGCAGAAGAGGAUGUGUCGGCGCGGGAAAGGCGUGGCCGAGAGUCUCCUGGAGGCGUCGAAACUCUCCCUGUACGAGUGUAGAUACCAGUUCAAAUCCGAGCGCUGGAACUGCACCCUGGGACAGUACCGGGAGCAUUUACUACGCAAAGGUUUCAAGCAGACGUCAUUUCUUUACGCAAUAUCAUCAGCGGGUCUCGUGCACGCGUUUGCACGUGCGUGUAGUCAAGGGAUACUGGACAGAUGCACGUGCGAUGAAUCGAAACACUUAGAAAACAGAAAGGCGUGGUUGUGGGGUGGGUGUGGUGACAAUAUACGAUUUGGAUUAAAAUUCACGCGGAAGUUCCUCAAGCGAGCACGGAAGUCUGGGAAAGACGUUCGCGCCAAAGUGGACCAACAUAACAGCAGAGUCGGCAUCAAGGUUGUGAAGGACAACGUGAACACCACGUGUAAGUGUCAUGGCGUCUCUGGUUCGUGCACGGUCAAGACAUGCUGGCUUCAACUGGCUAAAUUCCACGCCAUUGGACGGGUGAUAAAAUACAAGUACGAAACUGCGAUCAAGGUUGGAGCCCAAACGAACCAGGCUACGGGGAAAUCUCAGCUCGUUAAGAGGCAGAAACAACCGAAGCCCAACAACCACGCGCAUGUGCACGUGCAAAGUAACAAUUUGAUACCAAAACGAGGCGACCUCGUUUAUAUGGAAGAUUCGCCGAACUUCUGCCGGCGGACAAAACACUCGCCAGGCACUUCCGGUCGCUUAUGCAAUAAAGGUAAAAACUGUGACAUCAUAUGUUGUGGGCGUGGCUACAAUGUCCAACACAUAACUGUAAAGCGCGCGUGCCAGUGUCAAGUCAUUUGGUGUUGUAAGGUUAAUUGCAAGAGAUGUGAAACCGAAGAGGAAAUUUACAUGUGCAAGUGACACGGUGAAGGUCA